UGAUGGACUCCUUCGAUCUCUUUCCCCUCGCCUGUGUAGUGAAUAACAAGUUUCUAGCUAUCCAUGGAGGUAUCUCUCCAGAUUUAAAAACGGUAACGAGGUUCUGUAUUUCCGAUUUUAGCUUGAGGAUAUAAAAAAAAUUGAUAGAUACCAUGAACCACCUAGAAGCGGACUAUUUUGUGAUAUUUUAUGGAGCGAUCCAGUUGAUAAUGAUUAAGGAUCAUUAGAAAAUGGAUGGAAAGGAAAUGAAGUUAGAGGAUGUUCUUGGUUUUUUGGAGUUGAAGCUGUGCAUAGAUUUCUACAAAGGAAUAACCUCAUAUCUGUAAUUAGAGCUCAUGAAGCUUAAUUGGAAGGGUAUAAAAUGCACAGAUGGAAAGGGAGCCAAGAUUUUCCAGUGGUCAUUACCAUCUUUUCAGCUCCCAAUUAUUGCGAUGUCUAUAAAAAUAAAGGAGCUGUAAUCAAAUUUGAAAAUAACACACUAAAUAUCUAAUAAUUCAAAGAUACACCUCAUCCAUACUUAUUACCAAAUUUUAUGGAUGUCUUUUCUUGGUCAAUACCAUUUGUAACAGAAAAGGGUAAUUUAAAAAUCCUUCAAUUUAGUUACUGAAAUGCUAUAUAUGCUAUUAAAACAUGAAGAUUAAGACCAAGAAAGCGAAAAUGAUAUAAUUAACUAAUAAGAUAUUGAAAAAUUUAAACAAAUCACUCAAUCUGAAUAAUCAAAAACUUAUGAAAAAAAUAAAUCACUUCAAAAGUAACUCUCCAGAAGUGGAAAAGAAAAGCUUAGAUCUAGACUGAAAUUUGUUGCUACUAUGAUGAAAAUGCAAAAAACUCUAAGGUCUUCAAAUAUAUUUGUAUUUUCAGAGAAGAAAAUGAGAGCAUCGUUUAGCUAAAAGGAGCCUGCCCAGAUAAAAGAUUGCCGAAAGGAUUGCUACUGCAAGGCAAAGAAGCAAUUACUGAUGGUAUACUUUUCUUAUCAUUAAGCUUUAUAAGAAUUUAAUUACAUGAAAUUAGCUGAUAGCAUUAAUGAAAAAAUGCCAAACAUUUAAAUUCCAUAGCAAUCAAUUUAAAUAAAAAAGCCAGGAUAAUCCUCAAAAAAAAAAUGA